AUACAUUUCCCAGCAUGCCCGAGGGAACCGGAUAUCCGCUGUGACUUCCGGCCGAGCACGGACUUUCGCCGCACGUGUGAGAGAGAAGAAGAGAAAUCGCAGACGACGCGUGUUUUUCGCGAUAGAAGCGAAAUAAUCUCGACGUCGGUUUAUUUCUCCGGAUCCGAGAGAGACGCUUUGUUUCCGUCGCCAUGUUUCUGCAGUUUUACGUGAACGAGAGCGGGGAGAGAGUUUACACCCUGAAGAAGCUGAAUCCUGACGGGCAGCCCACCAGCUCGGCUCAUCCGGCCCGCUUCUCCCCAGAUGACAAGUUCUCCCGACACCGGGUGCUGCUCAAGAAACGCUUCGGCCUCCUGCUCACCCAGCAGCCCAGACCGGUUCUGUGAGAGAGGGAGCAGAGGAGGAGGAGGAAGAGGAGGGGGGGAAAUGGGAUGAAGGUGAAGAUGGGACUUGAGCAGAAAGAGCAAGAAAACUCCAGGCCCAACUUAAAGGGACUGGACAUGUAUUGGAAACCAUCUGUCGUUGAUGCCCAGAAACUUUUUUUUUUUGUACCUUGUUUUGUUUUCAUGCUGAAUAAAUGAUCUGUUGAUGGACGGCA